GGAUGUGACUAGUAGAUGACAAAGCCAUCAAAUAUAAUAAAAUUUUCACCAAUGUUUUCAAAAAAAGUACGUUAUCAAAUUUUAGUUAUACUUAUCGUAGUCACUGUUCAUACUUUUAAAAUUUGCUUAUCGAUGCCUUUUGAAUCACCUCAGGCAGUAUGGAAACCACUGGGAAUUACAGUACAAAUGGACAAAACCAAUGAUACUAACUGGACACCUAUGUUUGUGUUAGUUAAAACAGAACAAGCACUUAAGACUGUAUUACAACAGGCUGUCAAAGCAUCAGAAGAAAUGUUACGGGGUGUUGGUCGAUUGUUUUUAGCCACUGGAGAGUCGAUAAACUUUGUGUGGGACUUCGGUAUCAGUUCAGUAUUGACUUUAUGCAGAAUAGGUAGUGAGGCGUACAAUCAGAUGGUUCAGGCAGUUGAAGAUUUACCAGUUCUUGGAUUUGGAGCACGUGGAGUCGAUGAAGCUAUUAAGACAUCAUUGAAGGUAGCUGAAUACUCAGCUAAACAAGAUAUGGAAGCUCGAAAAACAGCGUAUGGUCACCUUAAACAAAAAAUUGACUCAAGUGCGUCAUCACACGCUACUAUAUUUACUAGCUAACUUUUAACAGUUUAAUUAUAUUUUUUUUAUAUAUUUUCUAAUUAAAUCAAUGGAUCUAAAAAAUAGUUGUAUCAUAGAAUUUUACAUUAAUUUUAAACUGUGAUACUUAUAUUCUUGUCUUUGAGAAUGCAAUUUAUGAAAAUCAUUUAAGGUUUACCAAAAAUAAUAUUAAGUCUUAAAAUUAAUUCAUUGAAAUGCUACAUGUAGUGCUUUAACCAUAUAUUUUUCGUGAGGAUAAGAAAUUUAAUAUUUUAAACAUCUUUUUAUUAUAAUUGUCUUCCAGUAAUAUAAAACAACUUUAUUCAACAUAUACUUUAAAUAUCAGACCCGCAGUCUAAAAUAUUACAAUACAUAAACUAUAAUAUAACUAUAAAUUUAAAGGAAGUACACACAUUUGAAAAUUCAUUUUUAUCCAUCAACUAUUAAAAGUGAUAAAUAUUUUUAAAACAUAUGGUCAUUAUACAAAUAAUAAUCAUAUUAUAUCAUUGAAUGAUUAACAUCUAUAGCGUUAGGUGAAUGAUUAGAAAAAUCAUAAAAACAUAAAUAAUAAAAAUUAUAAUUCAUGAGGACUAUAUCCAUUAAAAAAUGUGUAGAAAAACAAAAUUUAUUAGAUAAAAUUGAUAAUGAAUUUUCCUUUACAUAAAAAUAAUAGAACUUUCUUUUUUAGCUUCGAUGCGAAGCGGAGAAGGUAUUAAUUUUACUAUGAUGUGUUUUUUUUUUUUUUUUUGUCUGUUGCCACUUUUUCUCAGCUCUCACUGGACCGAUUUCUUUCAAAAAUACGUCAAAAGAUCACAAAUCGUAUCUAGUUGAAGACAUUACCCUUAAAAAUUGAAAAAAAUUCCCUCGUUCCCCGCAAAUGGGGGAAAUAUCCAAAAAAAUUACAAAUUUAAAAAUCGCUAAUUUUCGAAAUUUUUUCACUUUUUUUUCUUAAAACUUCCAUAACUUUUUGAAAAAUCAACAAAUCAACAUAAUUUUUUUUUAUACUAAAACCUUAGAUAUUUACCUUUCAUUUGAUAUCAUUUUUUUGAAAAUCUAUCACUUAACCUGCUCAUUAGGGGGGAUUUAAAAUAGCAACUUUUUUACAAAAAUUAACUUUUUCAACUUAAUUUUUGAAAAUGUUCCGGAAAUACUGCGUCCUUUAAACAUAUAUCAAAUUAAAGCUUAUUUUAUGUACUAUAAAAUGAAAAAAAAAAAUUUGUCCCGACACUUUUUUUUCUACAUUUAAACGGCUGCCGUAGUUAAAAAAACACUAUUUUUGUGUUAAAAUUUUCGAUUUUCGAUUUUUAAUUUUCAACUUAAAAAUGCUAUAACUUUUUGAAAAAUGUAUAUAUCAGCACAAUUUUUGUUUUCUAAAUACAUUAUAAGUACAUCUUUCAUUUGACAUACUUUUUAUUAAAAUUGGACAAUUUCCCCUUAUAUAGGACGCGUUCAAAUGUUGAAAUAUUGUAAAAAAUAUAGAACUUUUUCAACUUAACUUUUGAAAGUGUUCCGGAAAUACUGCGUCCUUUAAACAUAUAUAAAAUUAAAGCUUAUUAUAUGUACUAUAAAAUAAAAAAAAAAAAUUUGUCCCGACGAUCUAUCUUCUAUGUGCAAAUGGCUGUCGAAAAUUAAAAAAAAAUGUAAUGUUUGCGAUAAAUAUUACCUUUUAUCGGAAUGUUUUUUGUGCUUAAAACUGUCAUAACUUUUUCAAAAAUUAACAAAUAAAAAUAAUAUUUUCUUGUAUUGAAA